AUGGCGUUUAUGAUAAUGGCGUUCUCCAGGUGAGAGAUUUAACUGUUUGGAGCAUUUAUUUUAGUCUCACUGCCUGCACUACAAAAUGCACUACAACAAAUCAGCCCAAUUAAAGGAGCACUUUUUCUGUUUUUUCUUUACUGAGGCACCAGAUUGCAAUCAGUUUAGAGUCUAAUUAGCAUAACCCUGAAAUCUGUCUGCUUUCCUUUCCUUCCCUUUCCUUUUUUAAAUCCUGUGUGACUUCUGUGUCUGUCCAGGGCCCUGCAGGAUUAUGUCCCUCAAUGGACACUGAAGGAGCUAAUUAGGAAAAACGGCAAAGAGCUUCAAACUCUAAAGGACAUGGCAUUUCUCAAGGUAAGAACUCAAGCAGGAGGAGGUUUGGUAUAUACAAAUGUCAGGAACCGGCCUCAGACUUAG